CUCUCCCUGGUUCUCCAGGAUUACGAACUCCUUCUUCAUCUCUUAUUUGGUCUCUUUUCCUAGCCGUUGUGCUCGUCGCUCGCUUUAUAAUUCUGAGUCCCUCCUUUCAUAAUCUUCUUCUGUUUUUAUCUGUAGAGGUUGCAGGCAAUUCUCGUCACCUAAGUAAUCCGAUUUGUGCAAUACUAUUCUACAUCUUCAGAGUGUACUUGAGAUGGAUACCGGCUCCACCAGUUCAGUCUCCUACCAUGUGUCCUGCGCCUCGGAUGCAGACGAGUCGAAAUAUCUCACAAGGGUUCAAUAUCUCCGUUGGGUCCGACUCGCUCUGGGGAUCAUCAUCUUUGGUGUCGCCGUCUCCAUCAUAGGGUGCGAGGCAGUGCCUUUCCAGCAUUAUCGAGAGACAUCAGCAUACGGCAAGGUCGGGCUAUAUCUCUGGCCGUUGAACUUCGACAUCCGCCCGACCGUCGCAUUGCUGUCCUGCGGCUGCAUCCUUGCAUUCCUGAAUUUAGCAUACACUGUCAUUGCUCUGCUUCCUUCUCCCCACGCACAUAUCAAACGACAAAACAUCACCACCACAGCCAUCGCCAUCUCGGGCUUCCUCACAGCACUAGUGGGCCUCAUAUUCGCCAUCCAUCUCCCGGGCUCGAACCCCCCAAGCGGGUUCUCGGAAGUAGAAACGCUCCAUUCAUGGACCUGCAAGUGGAAAACGGUGCAUGGGCCGCUGUCGUCGAAGGUAGAUGACACCGUCACCCCGCCGCCGGCUCGUUUUGCGCGUGACUGUGAGCUCACCCGGGCGUCGUUUGUCCUGACAGGACUGGCUGUCGGGCUGGCGAUCCUCAUGGGGGUGGCUGCUGGUGUGGGGGUUUGGUUUGAGAGAAGUGUCUCCCGGCAACGGGGACAGGAUACUUCUCCGCUGCAGAAGGUGGAUAUCAUGGCGAAGUAUCCGGGUACUUGAAGGUUAUGUGUUGGUAUUGGUUCGGGGUUGGGUGUUGGCACAUACUGCUGGGUUCAUUGUUGUGCUGGGGGGAGGGGUUUAGUUAGGGUUUUAGUCUAUGUCGCUUGUCUCUGGUUAGACAUAUGUAUGUGGAGUAAUUCCUAGGAUUAUGUGUA